UUUCUGGAUCGAAAAGCGGACGCGAGAAGCCUAGAAGUUGAAGGAUUUGCAGAAGCUCAAAGCUUUGUCUUUAAAGAAGAGGAAGAAAGCUUGCAAGAUACAGUUCCAUUUCUACAGAUGCUGCAGAGUGAAGAAGACCAUUCGCCGUUUCUGUCAAUCAAAGAACCAAACUUUCUAACGCUAUUGUCUCUUCAGACACUCAAAGAGCCUUGGGAACUCGAGAGCUAUCUUUCACACGAGGUUCCGCAGUUUCAUUCACCGGUCCAAUCCGAGACCAACCGGUUCUAUCACAACCCAGCUUCAGCAUCAAUAGCCAUGGAAGGAGCCAAUCAAGCUUUGUCAAGCCAAGAACUUCCCUUUAGCCAAGCAAACAUGACAAUCCCUUCUUCUUCCUCAUCACCACGCACUGCAAAUCCAAGACGCAAACGCAAAACCAGCCACUUGCCGCAUCCAGAAAUGGCGCAGGAUAAGAGAAGGAGGAGGAAAACUAAACCAACCAAGAACAUUGAAGACAUAGAGAAUCAAAGAAUAAACCACAUCGCUGUUGAACGAAAUCGACGGCGCCAAAUGAACCAACACAUCAACUCCCUCCGUUCCCUUCUCCCACCUUCCUACAUCCAACGAGGAGACCAAGCAUCCAUAGUAGGAGGAGCGAUAAACUACGUGAAGGUCCUCGAGCAAACCAUACAAUCUCUUGAAUCGCAAAAGAGAAUGCAACAAAGUAGUGUCGACGUGACUUAUGAUCAGCAUCUGUCAGGCAUUUCGUCGAGCGACUUGUGGACGACUCAGGAAGAUCAAACUUGUAUCCCCAAAGUCGAGACCACAGUGAUACAAAACCACGCCAGCCUUAAAGUUCAAUGUCGGAAGAAACAAGGACAGCUUCUCAAAGGAAUCACUUCACUCGAAAAGCUUCGACUCACUGUUCUUCAUCUCAAUAUCGCUGCCUCCUCUCAUUUAUCUGUCUCUUAUUCCUUCAACCUCAAGAUGGAGGAUGACUGUGAACUAGAAUCAGCCGACGAGAUAACGAAGGCGGCAUAUCAGAUUUUUGACAUCCGACGAUUUGAUUAA